AUGAAGCGACCAAAGAAACGACUCGACUCGAUGGAGUGGUUCCGCAUCACCGUCCACAAUGGAGUCAUCACCCGGCACCGGUACCUGAUCAAGCUCUGCAAGGCUCUGAUGAUGUACGGCGCCCCCACGCACCGGCUGGAGGAGUACAUGGCGACGUCGUCGCGGGUACUCGAGAUCAACGGCCAGUUCCUAUACAUGCCCAACUGCAUGAUCGUCAGCUUUGACGACCCCGUCACGCACACGGCCGAGGUGAAGCUCGUCCGCGUGCGCGAGGGCAUCGACCUGGGCCGCCUGCGCGACGUGUACAACAUCUACAAGGGCGUCAUCCACUGCGUCAUCAACGCCGACGAGGCCCUCGCCCAGAUAGAGGAGGUGAUGCGGCGCGACAAUAUGUACGCCCGGUGGAUGCGGGUGCCCGUCUACGGGCUCGCGUCGGCCUGCGUGGCCCCCUUCGCCUUCCAGGGCCGCUUCAUCGACCUCCCGCUCGCCUUCGUGCUCGGCUGCAUCACGGGCCUGCUGCAGCUCGUCGUGGCGCCCAGCAACAAGCUGUACGCCAACGUGUUCGAGGUCAGCGCCGCCGUCGUGACCUCCUUCCUGGCGCGGGCCUUUGGCUCCGUCCGCGGCGGCAAGCUCUUCUGCUUCAGCGCCCUGUCGCAGAGCAGCAUCGCCCUCAUCCUGCCGGGCUACAUGGUGCUCUGCGGCAGCCUCGAGCUGCAGUCGCAGAACCUCGCCGCCGGCUCCAUCCGCAUCAUCCACGCCCUCAUCUACACCCUCUUCCUCGGCUGCGGCAUCACCAUCGGCUCCUCCCUCUACGGCAUGCUGGACCACGAGGCCACGAGCGCCACCACAUGCCACGAGCCGCUGCCGCGGCCCUGGCCCGCCGUCUUCGUCUCGGGCUUUGCCGUCUGCCUGUGCGUCAUCAACCAGGCCCGCUGGCCCCAGACCCCCGUCAUGGUGGUCAUGGCCGUCGCCGGCUACGUCGUCAACAACUCCACCAGCAACUUCCUCGAGGGCAACAACCAGAUCAUCUCCAGCCUCUUCGGCGCCCUCACCGUCGGCAUCCUCGCCAACCUCUACUCCCGCACCGGCCACACCUGCCAGCACGCCUGGCUCGACGUCCUGGACUGGUGGGCCCUGCGCGCCCGCCCGCGCCUCGCGGCCAUCUUCCUGCGCCGCGGCCGCGCGACGACGACGAGUACCAAGUCCUCGGACCCCGAGGCCACGGCAGGGCAGAGCUCCGACUCGGAGUCGUCGUCGUCGUCGUCGUCGUCGUCGUCGCCGCCCGAGCCGCCCAAAAAGCGGGCGCGCAACGUGGGCUACAGCCUCGCGGCUGCGGCGAUGCUGCCGGCGAUCUGGGUGCAGGUCCCCUCGGGGAUCGCGGCGGGCGGGUCGCUGCUGGCGGGGAUCAAGGCGGCGAACGUGAUCACGGGCAACGCGACGGUCAAGGCGACGGCGUCGGCGUUUGCCGGCAGCCAGGUCGUCGGCGUGCUCGACGGGACCACCUUCAACGUCCUGUUCAGCGUCAUCCAGGUCGCCAUCGGCCUGUCGGUCGGGCUGUUCCUCAGUGCGCUGAUUGUGUACCCGCUUGGGAAGAGGAGCAAUUCCUUGUUCAGCUUCUAG